CACAAAUGGCCUGUUAAUGCAGCAUGCAACACACAAAUUAAAUAAAUAUUUUUACUGGAUACAUUAAUUAAGGAAUCUUAUAGGAUUAUAAUCAACAAUUUUUAAAAGCUUACCCUUUGACUUAAACCAGCCAUGGAUUUUAAUAUAACUACUUUUACAUAUAGCAUUCCGGGCAUGGACAUAGGUCCGGGACCGUUUCUUUUUACCUACGUUAGUGACUUUUUAUCAUUUAUCACACCUGAAGACUUACCACUUGAAUUAGUCAGAGAUGCACUUUACUCGAAUCUAACCCUCAUAGAAUUAACGACGAAUGCGAUAAAAAUAGAAUCUGGAUUUAUAGCGCUUAUGAGCAUAUUUGCGGUUAUAGCAUUUAUACCAUUUGGAGCGGCAGUUGCGUGGUGCUGUGGGCGGAAUUCAACAGCAGAAGGACUAAGUAAUCGUGUGGAUCCAUUGAUGGCAUUAGAUCAGUCUGAGGAAAAUUCAUUGUUAUGCAGAAAAAGGGCUUCCAUUGUAACAAUGCUCUUCUUUUUUAUUAUUUUAGCAUUAAGUGAUUUUUGCAUUUUCUACGCCAAUAGUCGGUUAGCUACAACAGUCGAGAUGACACCGGAAAUGGUAAAAUCUACCGUUCACGAUAUGGGAAUCUUCCUGAAGGAUACCCACUUGCAAAUUAAACACAAACUGGAUAAUGGCUUUCAUGCAGGCAUCGAGAAGGUUAUUAAGGAUUUAGAAGAUGUAGAUGUUCUAUUGGGAGAACCCAUUCGAAUGGAAGUAUCAGCAAGCACUGGCAUCGAAUUGGCUUAUGACUCCUUACACGGGAUAAGCAUUGCUAAUACUGAGCUCAUAAAUCGUGUACUUUUGCUUCAAGAGACUGUCGGUCGUGCCUUGAAAAUCUCACAAGAGGCUUCCGCGCGAAUGGAAGAACUCCAAAUACAAUUAUCUGUGCUGCAACGGCAAUGCACGUUUCGUGACAGACCACUUUGCGAUACAUUGAGGAUACGAAGCUUUGAAGAAAAUGGAAUUAUUGAUGCACUCAAAACGUUACAAGAGGACCAGACUAUAUUCCGGAUGCGCUAUUUGGGUGAAUUGGAAUUUGGAUCGACAGUGAAGAAUCUAUCAUCAGAAGUGGCGAUAUCAAAGUCGAUAUUUGGCAAUUUUCCAUUGCAAGUCAAACAUGAUACUGUUUAUCAGCGGAAUGAUACUCUUGAGCAAUUGGAACGCAUUAAAGAUAAAACAACAGCUAAUGCCCACAUGUUGACAACAACAAUAGUCGCAAUGCUUGAUCGACUUAGCGGAACUUGGGAGUCGUUGCGACCCCAAUAUGAAAUUGUUCAAAGUUAUUCAAACACAUACUGGACUAUUGGAUGGUUUUCGGCCUUGCUCAUAAUAUGGGUGCUAGUUUUUAUGCUGAUGGGUUUUUGUUGUCUAUUGUGCAAUGCAAAUGGCAAGGCUGGGGUUUUAUUGGUCAUAUGUGUGUUCAUAAUUUGUAUUGGCAGUUUUGGUAUAAUGAUCUUUGGUAUAGCAACAUUAGCCAUUGGUGGUAAUGGUGAAGUGUUCUUAUGUCGGCCAUUAUUUGAAGGAAGAGAAUAUAAAAUGUUGGGCAAGUUAUUUGAUAAACCGGGCUUUGUUUAUGCCAAAGAACCACAGACGGGAAUUAUUGGAGAGUUGUUGCGGCCGGCAGGAGAGAAUAGGUCAAUUGUUAAUGUGACAUUGGCAAAUGCUUUGAGAGGCUGUGAACACAAUCAAGCAUCGUACAAUGUCUUUCAAUUGGAUGAGUUUGUCAAUACAACACAGAUGGUAGAUUUAAGACAAUUUCCCAAGGUGAAUGCAGCAAUAAGCUCGAUUCGAGUAUCCGAACGCACUUUGCUAUCCUUGACACAGACAAUACAGAGUAUCUUAGAAAAUAUGUUGCACACAUCGGAUUUCAAUUUGACAUCGUAUCGCAGUAGUGUUAGUGCACCAACGCCCGAAAAGGAUUUGGCAACAUUUAUUGAUCAAAUGCAAAGGGUGGCAUUACAGAUUCAGGAUGUAGCAACAUCAUCCCGAAUGACAACCCUUGGAAGUCGAUCAAAGCGUUUGCAAGCAUCAAUUUUACAACCAUUGGAGCAAUUACAAAAUGAAAUCCUUUACCAUUUGACUGCGUUAGAACUACAAAGAGAUCCUUGGGCUAAGCAGGUCAAUCAAACGCUCAAUCAUUUACGAAAUAUUCAGGGAUAUCUGGAAAAGACUGCCUUAGAGAUAUGCAGUAAUCAAACGACAGUUUAUACAAAAAGACUUAAAGCAUAUCUAACUAGCAACAAAGCAACAAUGUCCUCACAGUUGGGUGAUUCGACGGCACAGUGUCGCCCACUAUUUGAUAUAUUUGAUGCGAAUCGAAAUUUUCUAUGUCGCAAUGCUGUUGAUUACUUAAAUGCCCUCUGGUUCUUCACAUUUAUAUGCUUGCUGUUGUGGUCGAUUGGUGUUCCAAUUGGAUUAAAUAUGAUUUCAUUGCAAAGGAAAUUGAAAGAGUUCAGCCGAGUUCAGGGCAACACAAGCCAUUUGUAUGGGUAUUCUAGUAAUAUACCGAUAACAACUAGAACAACCAGAUCAACUAGACCAGCACCUCAAUUGACUAGAACACCAACUCUUGAAACUAUGAGAUCUGAGGAUUCAAAUUGGGGAACUUCAAGGUCACGUGCACGACAAACUCCACCUUCAGGAGCACCACCACCGCCACCAACAAUGCAUCCACCUCCAACACCACCAAUGACCAGGCACGAUAGUGUUCGUAGUGUACGGUGGGAAACACAAGAAGAAAUGGUAUUCGAAGAUGUCGAUUCACCGAACCCCAUGUACAUGAUGAGAGAUAAUUUAAUAUAAUUUAUAAUUUAAUUUAUUAUAUAGUUUUAUAGUUGACAAUGUUUUUUUCUUUUGAUUUUUAUUAUUUUCUUUUCUUAUUGUUAAUAAUAUUUUUUUAUUUUAUUUAAUUUUAAAUUUAGAUUAAUUGAAGAGCAUUUUAAAGGUAAUUUAAGUUUUAAACGAAUUUAAUUUAGA